AUGUGUAAACACAUCCUAAACGCCCAAGUCUCGAUCCGCUCCCCCUGCUGCAGGAAAUGGUUCGACUGCGUAGACUGCCACACCGAAUCCCAAACCCACCCCCUCCUCCAGUCCUUCGAGAUGGUCUUCGCCUGCAAAAAGUGCAAAAAGUGCUUCCGCAAGGACGUCAAAGAGUUUGAGGAGGCGGACGAGUACUGCCCCCACUGCGACAAUCACUUCGUCCUCGACGCCCUCACCCCCAAGGCCGCCAUCACCGUCGAGGCCGACGACGUCCGGGUCGACGCCAGGAUGCUCAAGGAUGACAGGGUAGCCGCCAAGAAAGAAAGGCCGACCGUGUUUGAUCCCGAUGCCGAUGUUGACAAGUUGGGUUAA